AUGUUCAGGCUCGGGCGCAGCACCUUCGGCGUCGCCGCAAGGGCAGCGGUAAAGGAUGUCUCCAUGCGGAGCUCGAUCCAGCAGCGCCGGAACCUCAGUAUCCAUGAAUACCUUUCGAUGAAUCUUUUGCAAUCCUACGGUAUUGGUGUACCCAAGGGCGAGGUUGCGAAGAAUGGGGAUGAGGCAGAGGCCAUUGCGAAGAAGCUGGGUGGUGAAGAUAUGGUCAUUAAGGCUCAAGUCCUCGCUGGUGGUCGAGGCAAGGGCUCUUUUGACAAUGGCUUGAAGGGCGGUGUUCGAGUCAUUUACUCUCCUACUGAAGCCAGAAUGUUCGCCAACCAGAUGAUCGGCCACAAGCUCAUCACGAAGCAGACCGGCGCCCGUGGCCGCAUCUGCAACUCAGUAUAUAUCUGCGAACGCAAGUUUGCCCGUCGUGAAUUCUAUCUGGCCAUUCUUAUGGACCGCGCUACUCAGUCACCCGUCAUCGUUGCCUCGUCACAGGGUGGUAUGGAUAUCGAAACUGUUGCCAAGGAGACCCCUGAUGCGAUUAUCACCACUCCGAUCGACAUACACACCGGGGUGACGGACGAGAUUGCCCGCAGCAUCGCAAGCCAGCUUGGCUUCAGUGACCAGUGUAUCGAAGACGCGAAGAACACGAUCCAGAAGCUGUAUCAGGUUUUCAUGGAAAAGGACGGCACUCAGAUCGAGAUCAACCCCCUCAGUGAGACCAGUGAUCAUCAAGUGUUGUGUAUGGAUGCCAAGCUCGGCUUCGACGACAAUGCCGAUUUCAGACAGAAGGAUGUCUUCAGCUGGCGAGACACCACUCAGGAAGAUGCCGAUGAAGUGAAGGCUGCCGAGCACGGCCUGAACUUCAUCAAGCUCGACGGCGAUAUUGGCUGCCUUGUCAACGGCGCCGGUCUUGCGAUGGCUACCAUGGAUAUCAUAAAGCUUAACGGCGGCUCCCCUGCUAACUUCUUGGACGUUGGUGGUGGUGCGACCCCCGAAGCAAUCAAGUCCGCCUUCGAUCUUAUCACUAGCGAUCCCAAGGUUACUGCUAUCUUCGUCAACAUCUUCGGUGGUAUCGUACGAUGCGACGCCAUUGCCCAAGGUCUUAUCAACGUGGUGCAACAGAUGAACCUAAAGCUGCCCAUCGUGUGCAGAUUGCAGGGUACUAACAUGGAGAAAGCUGCUGAGCUGGUCAACAACUCUGGUCUCAAGAUCUUCUCCAUCACCGACCUGCAGGAAGCUGCUGAGAAGGCCGUUGACUUUUCAAAGAUCGUCAAGCUGGCUCGGGAUAUCGAUGUGGGAGUCGAGUUCAAUCUCGGUAUCUGA